CUUUCUUUUUUGCAUAACACAAAGUCCAAGCUUUCUUUCUCUACUACGCUGAGCUCAUAACAAUGGAUAUCAACGAAGAGAAAUCAGCAAAGUCACAGUUACCCAUUGAAGAAGAUCACGAACAGAAAGCAACAAAGUCAGAAGAAACAGCAAAGGAAAAUGAUCAAGUGAUCACCACUGCACCAAAGACUGUUACAAUCGAAAGUGAUGCAAAUAUAGCUGCAGAACAAGUUAAAGAAGAAAAUCCAACUGAGGACAAGAAAAAUGAAGAGAAAGCCGGUGAAGAUACAAAAGAAAGUGCAGAAGGGCUAGAUGCGGAGAAGAAGCCAAGUGAAGAAAAGUUCAAAUGCCGGCCAAUAGCAUUUCUGUUGGGACUUCCAUCUGCCCUUAUAUCUCUUGUCCUCGCUUUUGUUGGAGGCAUUAUCUGGAUCCUCGGGUUAAUGUUAACAUGCAUAUGCCCCUGCUGCUUCUGUGUGACAAUGUUGGUAGAAAUGGCACUUGGUUUAGUCAAUGCGCCUUUUGCUUUCUUCCAGUAUAUCACUGAUAAAAUACCUUUCUGAAGAGUGAAGAACCUCCUUGUAAUGUUGAACUACAUUUAAGUACAUCAUUUCAAUUAAUCCUAUCACAUAAUCUCCCAUCCUUCACCUUUUCCUCCAUCUUUUACGUUAUACCCAUAGAGAAAGGAAAGGGCAAAAGAAACUAGAAAAGCUUAAGAUGUGUCUUAUGUGUUCCAGUCUUCAAAAUUUUGUUUUAGUGAUGGUCCUUUAAUUUUGGUCUCUUCAAGUUUAAGUGUACUACAUCCAGUAAAUUUGCUUCAUUUGGUUGGUUG